CGCGUUUCUUAGAAACCGAACAAAAGCCCCGAUCUCCCUUGGAAGCCUCCACCAUCCACCAUGGCCGAUCAUAUCCACCACCACCACCAGCACCGCCCUCAUCGCAUCUCCGUCCCUCCACGCGACGCUACCUUUUCCCCCACUUCCUCUACCACCACCACCACUACCUCGUCGUCGAGGCCCUAUCCUGCUUAUUCGUAUAUCUCUACAACCCCGACUCCAACUCCAUCAAAACAUCGCCUUUCUUCUCUUUCCCUUCCCUCGAAAUCCUCUUCCUCCGCCAAAUCUUCCCUUCCUUUUCUGUUUCUCCUUCUCUUCUCUCUUCGCUCCCUCUACUCUCUCCUCCCUUUCCUUCGAUCAUCUCCUUCUUUCUCUCUUUUCCCUUUCUCUUUUCUCGUCUCUUUACUCUCCUUUCUUCUUUCUCUCUCUUUCUCUCUCUUCUCUUCUCCCUCCCCUAAAACCCCUUUUCACUUCAGGAAUCAUAGCCAACCAAUUUUCUCACUCUCCUCAAUUUCCCAGUCCCAGCACAAGCUUUUACUGUCCAAAUCUCUGCUACUUGCCGUGGUUUUCCUCCUCAGAUUUCAAGCACUUCGUUAUUGUGGAACUGCAGCUAUGAUUCUCGCUGAAUUGUCUGGAAACGUUGCUGCUCGAUUCAUUGUUGAGGUGAAAAAGCAUAAUGUUGGUGCUACUCGAUAUGGGAAUUAUACUGGUAAUAAGUUUUCCGGAUUUUUGGCUCUUUUUCUUGGGUUGUAUCUGUUGUCAAUAAGUUGGGAUCGGAUUGAUUGCUUUCCAUUAUCAACUUCCUUCAUUGUUAGAUAUGGAUUUUCGGUGUUUCCUAGGCAGAAUUGCUUUAGGAUUUCGCCUAUGUUGUUGCCCUUUUUGUCCGGGUUUUUGGGGUGUUAUGAACGUGUUUCAGUGAAUUGGGGUACAAUUAGGCAAUUGGGUCCAAAAAGGAUUCGCUUGGUUUCAUUGUUUUAUACAACAAUUUUGCUAUUUAUUCCUGCUGUUGUGAGUUUUUUCUUGUUUGAAGGAGAUAAAGCUGGUGUUUCGGUUGGGAAUUUUGGUUGGCCAUUGGCUAAUACUGUGGUUUUUGGAGUGCUGUUGAGUGAGAAUUAUAGUGAAGACAAGCUAGCGUCUCCUAAAGAUUUCCACCGUGAGUUUUUUGUUACGUUUGUUUGCACAAUUGUUUUAGAGCUAUUCUAUUUCCCGGAGCUGUCACUUUGGGGUCUUUUGUUAUGUGGGUUGUUACUGUAUUUUGGUGUUAGGAAGUUGGAUCCUUCUUUUUCGAAUUACCUUGAGUUAGGAUUGGAAUCAUCAGAGCCACUUAGUUCUUCAGUUAUGAAGCCUAUCCGCCACAUUUUGAGUGAGAGAAAGUCUCGCAAGAUUGCACUUUUCCUUCUGAUCAACACUGGUUACAUGGUUGUUGAAUUUGUUGCUGGGUUCAUGAGUAACAGUCUCGGAUUGAUUUCGGAUGCUUGUCACAUGUUGUUUGAUUGUGCUGCUCUGGCAAUUGGUCUAUAUGCUUCUUAUAUUUCCCGUUUGCCUGCGAAUAGUCAGUUCAACUAUGGACGGGGAAGGGUUGAGGUUCUUUCAGGAUAUGUUAAUGCUGUUUUCCUCGUUCUUGUUGGGGCGCUAAUUGUUUUGGAGUCAUUUGAGAGAAUUUUGGAUCCACAAGAGAUAUCAACGAAUAGUUUAUUAACUGUGUCAAUUGGAGGUCUUGUAGUGAAUGUAGUUGGUUUGAUUUUCUUUCAUGAGGAGCAUCAUCAUGCUCAUGGUGGAUCAUGCUCACACUCCCACUCGCAUUCUCAUUCCCAUUCCCACACUCACCACCAUUACCAACACUCAAAUCAUAGUGAAGGUCAUGAAAAGCAUGACGAAUGUAUCUCUGUUUCCCAUGACUGCCAUGACAAGACAUUGACUAUCUCCUGUGCCCAUGGCAAACACCAACGCUGUGACCACCAGGACAGUGGGAGCUCCAAUUGCUGUAAUGACCAUAACCAUACUCAUGAUAACGACUGCAACAAUCACGGCCACAUUGACCAUGACCACCAUUAUGAUGCUCACCAUGACCACGAUCACCAUGAUCAUGUUCACCAUGACCACGAUCACCAUGAUCAUGUUCACCAUGACCACGAUCACCAUGAUCAUGUUCACCAUGACCACGAUCUCCAUGAUCAUGUUCACCAUGACCACAAACACCACGACCACUCUCAUGAUCAUGAACCCCUUGACCAUCACCACAUCCAUGGUAAUUUCCCCCAUAACCGCACCCAGUCUCACCAUUCAGAUUCUAAAAGUAAUUCUUCUAUGAGAAAUAGUUGUUCUGAACAGAGAAAACUGAUAUCUGAGAAAGAGGAAUCACAAAAACACCAUCAUCACCACAUUGACCACAACAUGGAGGGAAUAUUUUUGCAUGUACUCGCAGACACGAUGGGAAGUGUUGGAGUUGUUAUUUCUACCCUCCUAAUUAAGUAUAAAGGAUGGCUUGUUGCUGAUCCUGCAUGCUCAAUCUUCAUCUCCGUUUUGAUUGUAUCUUCAGUUAUUCCAUUACUCAGGAACUCUGCAGAAAUUCUGCUCCAAAGAGUUCCUAGGGCUCAUGAACAAGAUCUGAGAGUCGCCAUAAAUGAUGUUAUGAAGAUAAAGGGAGUACAUGGCAUUCAGAACUUGCAUGUUUGGAGCUUUACUAACACAGACGUUGUUGGGACUCUCCAUCUCCAUGUCUCAGCAGAAACUGAUAAGGCUUCCAUGAAGGCAGAGGUUUCACGCAUAUUGUACGAUGCAGGAAUCAAGGAUUUGACAAUGCAGGUGGAAUGCAUCAAGUGAUUAAUGUAGUACCUUUUCGUAUUGUUCUCAUCUUCCCAAAGAAAACAGCUCAUUCUGGAGAACCAAACGUGAUCUUAGCUUAAAGUUGCUCUGAACUCGUGGUGCAAUUUUGUCAAGGGGUGCAAAAUGGAAAGGUGGUCAUUGCUCUUAUUGGGCUUGGAAGCUUAGAGACUCCUUAAAGAGACGGGUUUUGUCAAGCAGUAACGAGUCUUCAUGCUUUGUUGAAUCUAAGAUGAGUUUUGAUCUUUCAAGGGUAAUGAAUUUGGGAGAGGAUCAUUCAGCCAACAUUCACCAGUGAUCUAUUAUUAGGCUAAUUUAACUGUGCAGACAUGUAAAGGGUCCUGAUGUUUGGACAUGUGACUUACUAUACUUGCAUUCUUGUCAGGUUUUAUGAUGUUGUUUAAGUUCAAUUUAUAAUCUUGAGAACGGUAUUUAUUCGCUUAAACCACGUGUAAUAAGGAGUGAAACUCUUUUCUUUC